CUUCUUUUCUCUGACUGGGCAAUGCUCUGGCUUAGUGGGCAAAAGAAGCCAUUUUUCAAUUCUGUGUAUCAAACUAUUUCACGAUUCCUGUCAUUUCUUCACAAUGACAAAAGGUGGGCAAGAUCAAUGGCACAACACAACCUGAUAAAAUCUCAGUUAAGUGAAAACUCCUUGACCAGCAUUUCUCUUAAGAAGUUGCUUGGGAAAAGCCACAUUCUUAGUUGGGAGGAUAUCAGUGCUGAUAUGAAACAUUUGAUCUUCCAACAUCUCCUAGAUAAACGUACAAGAUAUAGUUAUCGGAUGCGCUAUCAUGAUCCAGGAAAGAAUGAUUUACAUGAGAUAUUAUCAGAGAGAGGUGAUCAGGUGAUCGGAAGAGAGGGAUGCCUUGAAAAAAUUGGUGGAAGUGUGAAAUCUCCAGAUUUUAAUGACAGCCUCCUUACGUGGCACAUUGCUACCGAUAUUUGUUACCAUGAUGAUGUCCGAAAAAAUGGUCAUCCAAACACCAAAAUGAGCAUAUCGUUUUCCAAUUACAUGGUGUAUCUUCUGCGUGAUUGCCCCUUUUUGCUACCUAGAGGGAUCGGUAAAGAAAGGUACACCCAAACCUGCAGCGAUGUCAACCAACAUUCUGAAUUAUUGCUCAAUAUCAUCUCUGGUCGAAAUAAUUCAUGGGAUUCCUAUGAGACUAUUUUGCAACUUGAAGACAGCUCGGGUAAAGUGUCGGUGCUGUGCGCUGGUUUCAAGCUUGCCAAGUCAUUGCAGUCACUUGAGACACAGGAUGGUUGGGAAAAUAAACGAAAGUGGGAGAUGAUAAGCACGGUUUGGGUAGAAAUGUUAACGUACGCUGCAAGUCAUUGUGGAUGGAAAGAGCAUGCUCAAGCACUAACACGAGGUGGGGAGUUACUCACUCAUGUUUGCCUUCUCAUGGCUCAUCUUGGCUUGAGUGAGCAAUGCUUAACCAAUUGAUGCUGCCUCCAUAUGUACCCGGAAAGUCCAUUGAAUGAUCUUGUUUUAACUUGCAGUCAUUUUUGUUUUCCUCCGUCUUUGACUCCUGGACUAGAUUAAGUUUGGAGUUCUUAUUUUAAUUAUCAGGAUGUUAUUUGGUUUUGAGUGUGCAAGUGUGACUUUGUUUUCUCUUAA